CAAGCAAGCGACGCCAUUAUUGUUUUAGCAUCGCGUCUGCUGAAAAUUGUUGGGAGAGUGAAAAAUCCAGCUAGUACCUUCUGUAUCAGUGCGGGAACGGCCAAAAGGUCCUAAGCUCCGUCAGUUGGUGGUGUGAAACACGGUGAAGGAUGACUGACUCCGGUACUUUUGCGCUGAACGACUUGGUGUGGGCCAAGAUGAGGGGCUUCUCGCCAUGGCCUGGUCGGGUUGUCGAGCCUCCGCCAGAACUUAAGAAGAUCGCGAAGAAAAACAUCCCGGCGCAGUGCAUUUUCUUCUUCGGCUCCAACAACUACGCCUGGAUUGAGAACUCCUUCAUCAGGCCGUACGAGGCCUUCAAGAGUAAGUUCAUCACGUCGUACAAGACUGUUGCUUUCAAGGAGGCGGUCGAGGCAAUUGAGAAGUACAUCAAAGAUCCGGAGGUAAGGACUUUCGAGGCGUCGCUGAGGCAGACCGUUCCCGAUCCUGAUGAGCAGUUUGAUAAACUGAGGGAAGAGGAGGAAGUUGAGUCCCCGAAGCCUGUGGUGACUCCCAAAAAGACCCCCAAGAGAAAAAUGGUAGGCGGCACUCCGGAUGAAGCAUUGUCGCCGGGCGUAAACACCAAAAAGCUGCGCUCUUCCGGGGAAAAGCCCAAAGCCAGUCGCAAUUCCAUCAAGAAGGCUGACAAUGAUGUCGAAUCGCCACAGCCGGAGCGCAAGCGUAAGCGCAUUUCGACGUCGCUGGAGAACAAUGAUGUGAGCCAUAAUGAGUUGGAUGGAUCCUUCACGAGUCACGGCACAACUGGCAGACGCAAUGUGGCCGCGUCGGGAUUGCUAAACCGACCGGCGCCAAUUCCACGUCCGGAGACGCCUGAGAUUGACAUGAGUAAAGUGUCACAGACGCUGAAAUCGAAGAAUAUCACUCCGUCGUCGCUGCGCUUUGGCUUCCUCGGCCUGGGCAUCAUGGGAUGUGGUAUAGUGAAGAAUCUAAUCAACUCUGGACACAAGGUGGUCGUCUGGAAUCGCACCUUCACCAAGUGCCGCACCUUCGCUGAAGCGGGGGCUCAAGUUGGUGACACGCCGUCGGACGUUGUGGACGCCACUGACAUAACAUUCUCUUGUGUGGCAGAUCCUCAGGCAGCGAAGGAUAUGGUGUUCGGCAAUUGUGGUGUGUUGCAAGCGAGCUCGGUGUCUGAGGGCAAGGGUUACGUGGAGAUGACGGGCAUUGAUUCGGAGACGUCGACAGACAUUGCCGAUGCAAUUGUAUCCAAAGGUGGGCGCUACCUUGAGGCGCAGAUUCAGGGGUCCAAGGCUCAGGCUGAGGAGGGUACUUUGAUCAUCUUGGCCGCCGGCGAGCGCUUGCUGUUCGAGGAGUGUCAAACAUGCUUCGAGGCCAUUGGGAAGAAUUCCUUCUUUUUGGGUGACGUCGGGAAUGCGUCUCGAAUGAAUUUGGUCCUGCAAAUGAUUGCGGGAAUCUCCUUGGCGGGCCUUUCUGAAUCUAUGGCACUUGCUGAGCGUGCCGGUCUGCAGACAAAGGAUGUUUUGGAGGUUUUGGAGCUGACAAAUAUGGCUUCGCCGCUGAUUCUGGAGAAAGGACAUGCUAUGACUAAGGGAGAGUAUCCCACACACCAUCCGUUGACACACAUGCAGAAGGACCUGCAUCUGGCGCUGCAAAUGUCGGAGACGCUGGAGCAGUCGCUCCCGAUCACGGCCAGUGCCAACGAGGUGUUCAAGCACGCCAAGCGUCUCGGGUAUUCCGAUCACGAUGCGAGUGCCGUGUACGUGAGAGCCAGAUUCUAACGUUAGAUGUUAAUGCGGGCGUCUGAGGAGAUUGCCUGACUGCCGACGCGCGUUUUAACAUCUGACCAGCGUUGAGCUCUAAGAUUGCAAAUAGUGAAAUAGGACAUUUUCUGCGGGGGUCGUUUUCCGAUUUUGAGCGCGCUCAUGGUCGGAAAAUGACUCUGCUUUCUUAUCAAAUAACAUUUCAUUCUUUUUUUAAAGGCGUAAAUUUUGAGUAUUUUAUAUUCAAAGCAAGAUGAGAAACACACACAACAAACAAAAUAUCUUUUUAACAUGUUAAUUAAAGUUUACAACAUUUGUGUUGUAUGAAAAAUUUGGAUUAAUCAAUUUUAAAAGAUACAAUAACAACAGGACUUCUGUGUAAAAGUAGAGUUAAUUAAAUUUAGAUAAACAGUGCAUACAUUUCUGUAGUUGAGAAAGAAGCAAAGGUUAUUUUGAUAAUAUUAAUUGAGAUCCUUAAUUCAUGGAUAUCGUAUAACACUUUACAUUACCUUGUUUUCUUGUCAUUGAUUCUACCUUUUUGUAAUGUUAGCAGACAAAGUAAGGCAAAUGUUUUCAAGAAGUUUAUAAAUCUUAUUGUUUCACGCUAUUCUUUCAAACUCUAAUUGUAACAAUUUCUUUUGGAGAUAAAAGGUUUAGAUCAAUUUUUAGUUACUUCUGAAUUGCGGCCUGAGGGGCCUUCAUAAUGUGUAAGGAUAACACAGAAUUUUCCUUUAUUCUUUAUUGUAAACACACACUCUAAAAUGAUGUGGAACACCUGUAGAACAUAAGGAUGAAUAAAAAUGGAAAGAAUUGCAAGUAAGGAAUUACAAUGAAUAUACAAAUAUUGUGUAGUUUUAAUAUUUUAUGGAAAAUAAAGAGGUUUUCUUGAAAAA